AUGCCGUGUUCAGGGUGCUUCCCGGUGGUGGACAAGGCCUGUCCAUCCUGGGGCAUGACGUCAUGGAGGACUGGGAGGCUCCCUACAUGGAGGCGCUGGCUGAAGUCGCCUGCUCCCAAGGCGGUCGCGUCUUGGAGGUGGGUUUCGGCCUCGGGAUCUCGGCCAAAGCCAUCGAUCGGUUUCCCAUCGAGGAGUCACGUGAUCUUCGAGGCCAACUCCUCGGUGCUGGGCCGUGCGGGGCUGUGGGCGGAAGGCGCGAAGAAUCCCACGCUGGUGCUGGGUGGCUUUUGGCAGGAGCUGGUGGAGUCCUUUGAGCCGAACAGCUUCAGCGGGGUUUUGUUCGACGCCUACCCACUCUCCCCAGGUGAAGCCUCGGGGGACGGUGAGGUGGGUGCCUUCUUCCGGGAGGCGGCAAGGCUGCUGAGGCCUGGGGGCUGCUUCACCUUCUACUACGAUGCGGGGAGCAACUGGCUGGAGUGCGUGCGGGCCUUCCGUGCCGAGACGACACCGAAGCUCCGAGCGGCAGGCUUCGGGGAGGUGCAGGAGGACCAGGUGAUGUGCCAACCUCGGCCUGGGUGCACCUAUUUCUGGAAGGACCGCUUCUUGGUGCCCAAGGCCAUCCGCUAA